AUGUGCCUCAAAACAUCGUUGGUGUGCCUCUGGUUUUGUAUUUCAUUUCUGUGCCAUUCAUCUGUAAUCACCUCUCUCUCGCAUCCUGCUACCCACUCGUGUAUUAUCAAUUGGACUCUGUUUGGAUUACUAGCUAUGGUGUCUACUUCUCCAACUUCGAAACCGUACUAUAAGGAAUACACGCAUGAAGGAGAUCACGAAUUCUGCACGACGGACGCUUAUUGCUGGAAUGUAUUGGAUCGUCAGGUUCGGAUGAGGGAGGUUAUGAGUGAGGCCGGCAUCAACACAUUCAUUGAACAUCCCGACAAAGGCGACCCCCCAUCCUGGUGGGUCAUUACUACUCCGAACGCAGGCUACAUCCUGACUGCUCCCAUUGGCAUUCGUCAUAUUCAAGCGAAGGUGGAUGGCCACUUUGGACUGGAUGACCGCACCCUCCACCCACAGAUGUACAUCAAAAGUUCUGAGUAUAUCUGCUGCAUCCCCAUAUGCGAUCAGUCUCGCCACAUGUUGUGGUGGACACCCAAUCCCGAAGAUUGCCCUAUCAUUCCCAAUUCACCUUUCUCAGUCACUAUUCAUGUACUCAAGCCGGAACUGUUGAACGGGUACAAGGAUCUCUGCAACAAAUAUGUUGGUCUGAUUGGAAAAUGUGAGGGACGCGACUGCUCCCCUCUUGCGGGUCUUUUGGUCACUGCGAUGUGUCAAGCUCUCAAUAGGCUUCGUUCAUUUGGGAUGACCUACAAGGAGAUAUUGCUGGCCAUCGCAGAGUUCCAAAGAGCAGUCCUUGACAUACACGCAUGGAUCAAUUUUGUCGACGUUUAUCAACCACGUCUUUUUCCCAGUCCCAAUGGCGUGGUCAAGUACGAGGCCAAUCAGAAAUUGAUGGGAGCAUUUACGGAAAAGGUCCAGGUCGCUCAACAACUCCAAGCGAUGGGAAUCCCUGUGUGGUUAAUCCGCCCUUCAUUCCAUAUCCUCCCAACCAUGAAUGUCAACUUCUCAACCCCCCAGCUACAUUGUGAUAAGAUUGUUCUGCACCAUUUCAAGGAUGGGCAGGGCAAUUUAGAUCCAUACCCUGUUCUGGCGACUGGUCCGCCAUUGACCGAACUUUACAGGUGGACCCAAUGUAUAGGCUGUGCGAUCAUGGAUCUUCAAGACGUCACUGCAAUCGAUCGACAGGAUUUUAUCAAAGGAAAUGCCAGUAUUGGAGGAGUUCGAGAUGCAUAUUCUAUUCCUGUACCCUCUGCUCCCGCGUUGUCGUCCGCGGGGAAAGUUGGCCCAUCUGCUUAUCUCUUACCAUCCAGUGGCAGCCAACAACCCUCAUCAUCCUCAAAAGGUGGGGCUCGCUAUUCUAACCUUAGCAUGGGACAACAAACCUCAUCAUCAUCGAAAGUUCUGCUCUCGGUGGCCUCUCAGCAGCUGUCCCAACACCCCUCAGUACCUUCCAUCCAACCGGCCAUGCCCAACCCAACACAUCAUGGUGGUCCUGGACCUUCGAAGCGUCCUCACAUAGCUGAGGCAAAUGUUGCUGAUGUUGACUCUCCCUUCAUGCCUGUCCCCAUUCUCACGUGGGCCAACACUUUAUGCAACUUGGAUACCAAUUGUCGUCAUUUGAGAUGCCAGCCGGGAGAUGUGGGCAUUGGAUACAAAUACCCUAAACCCGAUAUCUUCUUGAACUCCAAGAAUCGCGCUUUGUACACCACUACUUGGCUGGCAGUCUGGGCUCAUCAUGCAUACAUGCUGGCAACAGGAACAAAGUUACUGCCACCUAUCACUGCCCAGCAAUGGCGGAAUUUCCUCAUGAGAAUCAUUCCCUUCCCAGAUGCUGAUGACAUCGAUCAUGCAGUGGAUCUUGAUGAUACUACUUCCGUAUCGUUGCCUCCCCAGCCUGUCAUGAAAGGGAAACAGAGAAAGCUGGGCACAACACAGGAGCUUGAGCAGGCGUUAACCCCAGAGGUUAUGCAGGAGAUUCUCUGA